AUGUCUCUUUCAUUUUUGUCACGUUGUGUUACUCAUGACCAAAAACAUCAACGAAAAUCUGAAGAAGCUGAAAGUGAGAGUACUUCAGAGACUUCACGAAAAGCUUCAAAAAAACAAAAAACUGUAGUUGCACCUGAACGGUGUUCUGAAUGUAUUUUCAGACAAUAUUCGGAUCUUACAAGAGCUGCCAAGUCCUUAAGAAUAAGUUCUGGUUCUGAUUCCAGAUCCCGUUCCAGCUAUGACUUAAAAGAUCUCCCUUCUGAUGCAUCUAAAUUCACAGAAGAAGAUAUUGUGGCACUUAAUGCGAUCUUCAAACCGGCAGACGAUGAUAAGAUUAUCAUGCCUGAUGUUGAAGUCACGGACCCUUCGAGUCAAUACCUUCUCCCAGACAUCAGUCGUGAUGUUCUCAAAAAGCAAAAUUUUGAUGUUCGGAUGCUUAAUACUACAGAUAAAUUU